AUGUUUUUGCCACCACGAAUCAUCAGUCGACCUCGAGGUCUCGUUGGAGUAUCUAUCUUUAAUUUCCCGGAAGUACAAUUUCAGGAAUGCUUGAUCGAUGGACGUUUACAUUGUUGCAGGCAGCGACAAAACCACAAGGCCGAUGUUCAAUGUAGUAAAAUUUGUCGAAAAAACUUGAGACCAUCAAAGGCAACAUCUAAGGAAAACAACAAGCAGGAGCAAAAUGGUUAUACUCUCGCCAACCGAAGAAGGCAUUCCUCCCAUCCUCAUCUGCCGUCGUCGCCUCCCUUCCAAACGCCAUCUCCUGCCGCCGUAGCCACCCUUCCCAGUGCCAUCUCCUGUCGUUGCUUCCCCAUCGCCGACUUCAGCAGCAUCAUCAGAUAAAUAUUACAUUUGCGAUGUUGCAUACACCAACACUCGUGGAUUUAUGACUCCUUACCGCAACACGAGGUAUUGGUUAGCCGAUUUUCAACGACGACGUGCGUUAACUAAGGAAGAAAAAUUCAAUCAUGCACAUGCGCAACUCAGAAAUGUUAUUGAACGUGCUUACGGUGUUUUGAAGGCGAGAUUCCCAAUCCUAAAGCGAAUGGCUCCUUUUCCUUUUUCAGUGCAAAGAGAUAUAGUCAUUGUUUGUUUUGCAGUCCACAAUUUCAUAAGGAAAUGCGAUAUUCAUGAUGAGUUAUUUAUGGCAUUCGAGGAGAAUAAUGGUCAAGCACAAGGGGGAGAGAAUGAUGGCCAAAACGUAGACGAUAUGGAAUGGGGUUUACAAGGCAAUGAAUACAUGGAUAAUUUGCGUGACCAGAUUGCGAAUCAGUUGGGG